UAAUCUUAAAUCAUUCUCAAACAAAAGAUGGGUAAAAAUAGUGCUUCCACCAUUCCUUUCUAUACUUUCCUCUCGAUAUCUUCUAUUUUAUUUGCUUCACACUUUCAUGCCUAUGAGGCACAAACCAAUGUCCCAAUAGUGAAGGGGUUGUCCUACUCUUUCUUUUCCAAAACAUGUCCCAAUCUUGAAACCAUUGUGAGAACCCAACUUCAAAAAGUGUUCAAACAGGACAAUGGUCAAGCUCCUGGCUUACUUCGCAUUUUCUUCCACGAUUGCUUUGUUCAGGGAUGUGAUGGAUCAGUGCUACUAGAUGGGAGCCCAGGAGAAAGGGACCAACCAGCCAAUGGAGGCAUGAGAACUGAAGCCUUACAGACCAUUGACAACAUUAGGGCUCUUGUUCAUAAAGAAUGUGGAAGGAUCGUUUCUUGCGCAGACAUUACUGUCUUGGCUGGUCGUGAUGCCGUUUUUCUAUCAGGAGGACCGGAUUAUCCAGUUCCACUAGGAAGAAAAGAUGGCCUAAGCUUUAACACAAAAGGAACAAGCAAUCUUCCAUCACCCUUCAACACAACAACUGUAACACUCAACACAUUUGCACCUAAAAACCUUGAUGUUACAGACGUUGUUGCUUUAUCAGGUGCACACACAUUCGGUCGUGCGCACUGUGGUACAUUCUUCAACAGACUUUCCCCUGUUGUGGACCCCACAAUGGACAAAACUUUAGCAAAAAACCUUAAAUCGACUUGUCCUAAUGCAAAUUCAGGUAAUGUUGCGAAUUUAGACAUUAGAACACCGACAGUGUUUGAUAACAAAUAUUAUCUUGAUUUGAUGAAUAAACAAGGUUUGUUUACAUCUGAUCAAGAUUUGAUUAAUGAUAAGAGGACAAAAGGGUUGGUUAAUGACUUUGCUGUUAAUCAGAAUUUGUUCUUUGAGAAGUUUGUUGAUGCUUUUUUAAAGGUUAGUCAGUUGGAUGUUUUGACUGGAAAUCAAGGUGAAAUUCGUGCUAAAUGUAAUGUGGUAAAUAGUAAGAAAUCUGUUUUGGAAGAUUUGGUUGAAGAGGGGAUGAGAUUAAUUAAUCAGUUUUAAUUAAAUUGAGGCAUAGUUUGUUUUUACUUGUGUGUUGUGGUUGCCUAUAUGCUGGCUUUUAUUUGGUGCUUUUAAAUGUUUUUUUUUAAUGUAUGAUCACUCUUGUAAUAGAAACACUUGAGUGUGUACGUGAGUUUGCUAUGCAAAUAAAAUCUUCUAUUUUUCUUCUUUUACUUA